GGGAUGCCGGCGGCGCGGGGCGCCCGGGGCGGCGGCGGCAGCGCUCCGUAGGCGCAGCGCGGCGGAGCCGGGCCGAGCCGCGGCCAUGGGGCACCCGCCGCUGGAGUUCAGCGACUGCUACCUGGACAGCCCCGACUUCCGAGAGCGCCUCAAGUGCUACGAGCAGGAGCUGGAGAGAACCAACAAGUUCAUCAAGGAGGUGAUCAAGGACGGCAACGCGCUCAUCGCCGCCAUCCGCGGAUACUCCUCAGCAGUGCAGAAGUUCUCCCAGACUCUGCAGUCCUUCCAGUUCGACUUCAUCGGUGACACACUAACGGAUGAUGAGAUCAAUAUUGCUGAGUCCUUUAAGGAGUUUGCGGAGCUGCUGCACGAAGUGGAGCUGGAGAGGUCCAUGAUGGUGCAGAACGCGAGUGAUUUGCUGAUCAAACCUUUGGAAAACUUCCGGAAGGAGCAGAUAGGGUUCACCAAGGAAAGAAAGAAAAAGUUUGAGAAGGAUGGUGAGAAAUUUUACUCUAUGCUGGAUCGCCACUUGCAUUUGUCUUCCAAAAAGAAGGAAUCUCAGUUACAGGAGGCUGACCUUCAGGUGGACAAAGAGAGACACAAUUUCUUUGAGUCCUCCCUCGAGUACGUGUACCAGAUCCAGGAAGUACAAGAAAGCAAGAAAUUCAGUAUUGUGGAGCCGGUGCUGGCAUUUCUCCACAGCCUCUUCACUUACAACAACCUGACAGUGGAGCUGACGCAGGAUUUCCUCCCAUACAAGCAGCAGCUCCAGCUCAGCCUGCAGAAUACAAGGAAUCACUUUUCCAGCACACGGGAGGAACUGGAAGAUCUGAAGAAGAGGAUGAAGGAAGCGCCUCUAACCUGCAAGCUGCCCGGGCAGCCGACCAUCGAGGGCUACCUGUACACUCAGGAGAAAUGGGCGCUGGGCAUCUCCUGGGUGAAGUAUUACUGCCAGUACGAAAAAGAGGCAAAAACCUUACGGAUGACACCCAUAGACCAGAAGCCUGGAGCUAAGCAGGGCACAUUGGACUUGACCCUGAAAUCCUGCGUAAGGAGGAAGACUGACUCCAUAGACAAAAGGUUUUGUUUUGACAUUGAAACUAAUGAAAGGUCCGGGACCAUCACGCUGCAGGCACUCUCAGAAGCCAACCGAAGGCUGUGGAUGGAGGCCAUGGACGGGAAGGAGCCGAUUUAUCACAGUCCCAUCACGAAGCAGGAGGAAAUGGAGCUGAACGAGGUGGGCUUCAAGUUUGUUCGCAAGUGCAUCAACGCAGUGGAGACCAAAGGAAUCACUACGGAGGGUGUGUACCGGACUGUUGGCAGCAAUAUCCAGGUGCAGAAGUUACUGAAUGCCUUUUUUGAUCCAAAAUGCCCCGGGGACGUGGAUCUCCAGAGUGGGGAUUGGGACAUUAAGACCAUUACCAGCUCACUGAAGUUCUAUCUCAGGAACCUGUCUGAACCCGUCAUGACGUACAAGCUCCACAAAGAGCUGGUCCUGGCUGCCAAGUCCGAGAACCUGGAUUACAGGCUGGGAGCCAUUCAUGCACUGGUCUAUAAACUGCCUGACAAGAACAGGGAGAUGCUAGAACUCCUCAUCCAGCACCUUGUCAACGUCUGUGAGCACAGCCGGGAGAAUCUGAUGUCACCGUCCAACAUGGGGGUGAUCUUCGGGCCCACCCUCAUGCGAGCACAGGAGGACACUGUGGCAGCAAUGAUGAAUAUCAAGUUCCAAAACAUCGUGGUCGAGAUCCUGAUAGAGCACUUUGGGAAGAUCUACUCUGGCCCCCCAGAAGACACCACAGCCCCCCCGGUGCCCCCACCCAGGGUGGCUGCCCGGCGGCACAAGCCCAUCACCAUCUCCAAGCGUCCCCUGAGGGAAAGACCUGUCUUCUUCGAUGUGUCUGUGGAAGAGAGUGGAGCAGAGCGGCUCGGGCAGACCCCCAAUGGUGGCGGUGUGGAGGUCCCCAAGCCCCUGCUCCGCAGCCGCCUGCCCGCGCCCCGGCCUGGGGGGGACGAGCCAGGGCGUCCCCCCUCUGAGAGCCGGCCCCAGCCGCGCCCUGAGCCCGAGCUGGGGAAGCUGGGGAACAGGCUGCAGGAUGGAGGGGUGAAGCCAGCUGGCAGGGCGGCCAACGGGGUGGUGACCAGCCCUGCCCUGAGGACAGCCACGCUGCAGGCCAGGAGACCGGCACCCCGGCCGGGCAUCUGCGGCAGGGAGGGUGACUGUGACGGUGUCCCUAAGCCACGUUCCCAUGGUGAUAAGCCCGUGAUAACACGUCCCCCCGUGAGACCUCCGGAUCCACCAUGCAGGACCCCUAUCCCUCCAAAGCUGGAGCAGAGGCCAGAUCUGAUAGCAGGGACAGCAGAGGAGAUGCCCUCAUCUGUGGUGGCCUCUAGGACCAAGUUCUUUGAGACGGCUUCCCGAAGAACAGGCAGUUCUUCAUCACCGCAAGGCAGGAUCCCUAGUGAUGAGAGCUGAGCCUAAAGGCUUUGUAAGUACACCUCAGCCCAGCUGGACCCAGGAGACUUUCUGUGUUUGUGACCCAGGAGUCAGAGCUGAGCCUUGCCAGCACCAGUGCCCUGGAGAGCAGCUAUCUUACCGGACGAUGAUUUCCGAGCCACAAGUAGCUCAAGAAAUUAGGAGAGGGAGACCAUGAUGGAGAGCAGGUCCCACCCACACAUGUGUUGAACUGUUCCCUGCCCUCCCACCUCUCCUCCCUGCAGGCUGUGACAGCGCCCGUGUGUGCCCGCGCAGGUGGCGGCAGCAUGGGCAGGGCUGGGGGACACGGACCUGUUCACCUGCUCACUUUGGAGAAACACACCUUGAAAAGGGUGUUGGGACAGCACAAAGGCUGAGUUCCUUUGUUCAGAUGCCAGAGCAAAACAGCUGCAGUCCCCGCCUUGUCCUGAGAAGCCCUUCCUUUGUGCUUGUGUCCCCCACUUGGUGUCAGUGUGUGGGACAGCCAUGCCUGGUAACACUGCCCAUGGUGAUGCAGGCUGGGCAGGGACAGGUGAACCACUGUGCUCAGCUCAGUGGGAUGUCUCCUCAUCUCCUCCUGGACAUCCCUGGCCUAGGACACGAUGCUGACAGAUGGAACUUGGCCAGGGGCUUGACCUGAGCCAUGGCCACAGCCUUGCCUGGGGUCAGCUCUCAGGCAGCACCCACAGGUCAGCAGCCUCCAAGGGCGCAGCUGGGGAAGGGGGAAGCAGGUGCUCCUCCUCUUCCUCCACUGCCUCCUCUUCCAUGUGAGCCACACUCCCACAGAUCCACUUCUCACAGGCCCACCAAGAAGUCUCCAUCCUGGGUGAUUGCGGUGGCCAGCACAGAAGUGCUGAGGAUCUGAAACUCACUGUUUGUGGGUCAAACCCUGUUUUCUUUUUAAGAACUGCCCAGUUUCUUACUUACUUGUUUAUUCAUUUCCAGUAGAAGAUGCCUAGUCUGUCCCUCAGCCAUGGUCCUGUGGAUGAUGUCCAUUGGCCCAGGAGGUGUCCCUGGCCAGGACCUCUGUAGCAGUAGAGGCUUGUCUGUUCCUCCACUGCCACCAGCACCCAGUUCCAGGGCUGUGCACGGCAGAGAGGCACUCCUCUGCUUCCUCCACCCACCCAAAGAUGAUUCCUCCCUUCUGAAUGGUUUUCUUUAGGUGCUGAGACCAUUUGCAAAACAGUGGCCAAACAUUCCCACAGCUGCUUCCCAGCUGCUCCAUUGCUCGAGCGUGCUGUGUCCUGCCUGGUGCAGGUCCUUCCCACGUCCUGGCGCUUUGCCUCUGCAUGACCCUGUGUCUUUUAUUGCUGAAUGGCACACACUGGCACUCAUGUGCCAUGUCCAUGGUGCUCUCCUCCCUUGGCUUCAGCAGUGCCCCAGCUGCUCCCUCCUUCAGGCCUGGCUCAUGAAAGUGGCUUUAAAACCAAACCAGCCUUGUGCUGUGGCAGUUGAGGCUGUGCCACAUGCACUGGCAGCAUCUGGGGAUGUGCUGGGCCCCUCCUGCUGCAGCCCCUCACCAGGGGCUCAAGGAUGAUGCACAGGCUCAUCAGGGAUCUCUGAACAUGGAUGGAGCUGAAGCUGGAGCUGAGGCUGCUGCUGGUACCAGCCUGGCAGUGGGGCCACCUGCCUGCAGCACAUCAACCCCUGGCCCUGUUGGGGUCUUGGGCUUGUGGCUCCCACACAAAAGGCCAGCAUUUCCCAGAUGUCUUUCUUGCUUUGGGCUGCUGUUUGAGGACCCCCUGAGCAGUUUGGGAAGCUCCUUGGGUUCUGCCGAUGCACGUGACUCUGGAGGCAACAUCCUGCAGGAGCAGUGGUUUGUCACAUCCUCCUCCUGCUCAUGCCCACUGCCCAGCACAGACCCCAGGACAGAGCCAGGCUCCCUGGGUAGGGAGAAUCCAAGGGUGGGUUGGUUUCAGUCUGACAGUGUGAGCAGUGGGGAGAGGCAGCUCCUUGCAGACUAUUUCAUGGUGUCUUUUUAAAGUUCUUUGUCACUUGUAUGUCUGUGCUGAUUUUUCCUGCACCUGUGGGUACAGCUGAACACGGGGGACCAGCAAUUGGAGUGGUGGGGGAUGCUGGUUGUGCUGGUGGGUCCAACCCCUGCUGCCACGAGGCACAAUCCCUGCUGCUGUGGGGCACAAUCCCUGCUGCUGUGGGGCCAAAUCCCUGCUGCUGUGGGGCACAAUCCCUGCUGCUGUGGGGCCAAAUUCCUGCUGCUGUGGGGCACAAUCCCUGCUGCUGUGGGGCACAAUCCUGCUGCCAGGAGUGACAGCUGGGUCACCCUAUGCAGCACAGCAGCCCCCCAGCAUCAGCCCUGGAGCCAUUGUGAUGUGCAAAAGCUUAGGUUACUGCAAGUGUUUAUAAAGUUUCCAUGAAGUGAAACAACCUCAGUGUGUUUUGUUUCUCUUCCCCAAGCACUGGGCCCACUGCCGCCCCUCUGCAGGCAGGCCCUGCUGUGGGGGCCCAGCUCUGUGCCCCAGGCAGGCCACACCGGGUUCUGUCCAUGGGAUUGGGAGUGCCCUGAGCUCUGCCAUAGCCCCACUCUGGGUUUGCAGUCCCCAGUGCUGGUUUUCAGCAUUUUUCUGACUGGAGAAGCUGCCCUGCCAAGGCUGAAUAUUCCUGCGCUGCCACAGUGCCUGGACAGCAUCCUGUGCUGUGGGUCACUGAGACUCUGGUUUUCCUGUGGCCACCAAUGGCUUCUUUCCAUCUCUCCAGCACUUUUUCCCCUCCUCACAUCUAUUUUCCCCCACCUUUUGCCUCUGACAUCGUGCACCAGCAUUUGCUUUCCAAGCCUCCUGCUUUUCUUUAACAGCAAGCCCUCUCUCAGGAGAGAACAGCUUUUUUCUCUGAAACAGGAAUCUUGCAGCCAGCUUUGGAGCCCGGAUUUCUGGAGAAGCCUGACAGAGGUGAUGGCUCCAGAGGGUGUUCCUGGGGGCCCAGGGACAGCCGAGCUGUUCCCACAGCCGUGAGGGUCCCCAGCUGGAGCAGGGGAGCGUUCCCACCCCCACGCUGCUCAGGGCUGGCCGCUGUUUUUGGGAUCCUCCUGCAAUGAUUUUGUGUGGGCCCGGUCCCCGCCCACGGGCUCUUGGUGCAGCCCCGGCCGGGUUUGCCAGCUCGGAGAGCUCUGUGCCGUGCCCUGGCUCCGGGCCCAAGCAGCCAGAGCACUCCCGGGGCGGGCAUGGACACAAUGCACCUGGAGCAGCAGCUGGAGGGUUUUCUGCUUGUUUUUUCUGGCUUCUUGUUUCUCUCAAAAGUUUCCUUGUGGGGCUGUAACUUUUCCAGGGCUGGAUGCAUUCAAAACAGCGGCAUUUGGGGAACUAAACAGUUCUCUUUCCUCACUAGGCCUUGAGUGAAGUGAUGAUGAACUGGAAUGAGCAUUGAGGCACUGCCCCAACAAUCCUUGUCUCCCAACCCACAGGUGCCUGGCUUGCUUUCUUACAGAAAACAUUUGGAUUUAAUAUGAGCAAGAAAAUUAUUUUCCAGCACAAGUAAAAGCUUUCGGGUUUUUAUAGAGAGAAGAUAACAAAACAAGCAGUUACAAAGCUUUAGCCCAAGCCUCAGUGAGUUCUUCCCAGAGGAAGAACUUGAAAAGGCCAAAGACUGCA